AUGCUUCACCGUACUAAGUACAACCGCUUCAGGAAUGAGUCUGUAACGUCCGUCGAUGAGCUUCUCCACGGCCUGUCCAUGAACCCCAAGGUUUCGGCCUCCCCCCAGCCUGCUGCCGAGCCAUCUUACACACCCCCAGCUGAGGUUCAGCCCUCUUCCACCAACGCUCCUUCCAGCACCACCACCAGCCACGGCUCUGACCACCUGGAAGAUGGAGCCACUACCCUCGGUACCCUCAUCAACAAAGUCUCCAGCCUGAAAUUCAGCAACUCGGGCAGCUUGCUGGGCAUCAAGGGUCUGCCCUCAGCUGUCAAGGACCUGGCUGUGUCCAAGCUGCAGGGGGGUGGAGGAUCAGGCUCAGGCACCUCCAGUGGUUCGAGCCCCAGUGUGGCGGCAGCAUCAGCAGCGGCAGCGGCAGCAGCAGCAGCGGUCCCUGGUGUGGGAGGCUCUUCGUGCAGCUCAACCCACUGCACGCAGCUGGAGCCAGCUGUCAGCAUGAGCAAAAAGAGCAGGCUUGAUGAUCUCCAGCCCAGCGGAGAGGACUGGAAUCCAGGUGGAGGUGGCGGACUUGUGAGCAAAUCCUCCAGAGGAUGUCUCCACUCAAAUGAGAAGAUUUCUGGUCCAGGAGUCACAUACAUUGUGAAGUACCUGGGCUGUAUAGAGGUCCUGCGGUCGAUGAGAUCCCUGGAUUUCACCACGAGGUCACAGAUAACGAGGGAAGCCAUUAGCCUGCUGUGUGAAGCUGUUCCUGGAACUAAAGGAGCUCUGAGGAAGAGGAAGCCACCAUCCAAAGCUCUGUCCAGCAUUUUGGGAAAGAGUAAUCUCCAGUUUGCUGGCAUGUCCAUCAACCUCAAUAUCUCCACCAGUAGUCUCAACCUCAUGACCCCCGACUGCAAACAGAUCAUUGCCAACCAUCACAUGCAGUCCAUCUCCUUUGCAUCAGGUGGAGACCCUGACACAACCGAUUAUGUUGCAUAUGUAGCAAAGGAUCCUGUUAACCGAAGAGCUUGUCACAUCCUCGAGUGCCCUGACGGACUCGCUCAGGAUGUUAUCCGCACUAUCGGCCAGGCUUUUGACCUUCGGUUCCAGCUGUACCUGCAGUGUCCCUCCAGCAAGCUGCUCUCCGUUAACGACAGAGUAAUAAACAUGGAUGAGUUGCCAUGGACAGAGGAAGAAGAGGAGUCAUCAGAACAUCCAUACUAUAACAACAUCCCUGGCAAAAUGCCACCUCCUGGAGGCUUCAUCGACACGCGGCUGACCAAUCAGAAUGCAGCAACAGACGGAUGCCAGAUGGGUCCAGGUUCAGUGGAUCAGACAUAUUAUCAGGGGAGACAUUGUGAAAACUGGGCAGAUGAAAGGAAGCCCAUCUUUCUGCAACAGGGAUCGUUUGAUAUCAACAUGCUGCCGGAGAGUAAAGGUCAGGCGCCGAAACCAGGAGAGAGGCCCACAUACGUGAACACACAGCAGAUUGAUGCCCAGGUGCUCGCAGCUCUGCAGGCAGAAGCAGAAAAUGUCACAAAGGGCAUGGCAGCUGGGAGCCCACAGAAGGACCUGUUUGACAUGAAGCCCUUUGAGGAAGCCAUUCAGUCCCAGUCCCAGCCGUCAUCGCAGGGCCAAUCCCAGAGCCAGGUGUCUAAUCUUCACAAGUCAGCAUCUGUGGACAAUUCAAGCCCCCUGCUUGUGAGAUCGCUGGCUUUCCGCACGCAGGACGAGCUGGAGGGCCAGACAUGGUACCAUGGCAAAAUGAGCCGCAGAGAUGCUGAGAAACUGCUUAAAAAUGACGGAGACUUUCUCGUCCGCACAAGCACUACCAACCCAGGGUCCUAUGUACUGACAGGAAUGCACAACGGACUUGCAAAACAUCUACUGCUUGUGGACCCUGAGGGCACGGUACGGACAAAAGAUCAUAUAUUUGACAGCAUUAGCCACCUUAUUGGCCAUCACCGUGACAACAAUCUGCCAAUCGUGUCAGCUGGGAGUGAACUGUGUCUGCUUCAGCCUGUUGAGCGGAAACUGUAACGCCGCAAUGCCUGAUGGGAAACAGGUCUGCCCACCAUGAACUUAAAGAUGAAUC